AUGGUUUUGCUAACAUUACAGGAAAAAAAUCAAAUUAAAAUUAAAAAUUCCCAUGUUGGUAUAAUCUAUCUCAAUCUGUUCAUAUCUAUCUAUCUAUCUAUCUAUCUAUCUAUCUAUCUAUCUAUCUCAGUCUGUUCAUAUCUAUCUAUCUAUCUAUCUAUCACAGUCUGUUCAUAUCUAUCUAUCUAUCUAUCUAUCUAUCUAUCUAUCUAUCUACACUUUAAACAAGCCAUUCCUUGCCUCAGUAAACAAGCCAUUCCUUGCCUCAGUAAACAAGCCAUUCCUUGGCCCGGUUUAUAUCUAUUUGCUUUCUUUCUUUCUUUCUUUCUUUCUUUCUUUCUUUCUUUCUUUCUUCCUUCCUUUCUUUCUUUCUUUCUUUCUUUUAGAAUUUUAGUUUGUUUAUUUGAAACUUUCAAAGAAGCAUUUCUUUCCUUUUUAUUCCCUUACACACAAAGAUUUCCUUCCUUCAUUCCUUCCUUCCUUCCGUCUUUCUUUCUUUCUUUCUUUCUUUCUUUCUUUUUUUCUUUCUUUCUUUCUUUUAGAAUUUUAGUUUGUUUAUUUGAAACUUUCAAAGAAGCAUUUCUUUCCUUUUUAUUCCCUUACACACAAAGAUUUCCUUCCUUCAUUCCUUCCUUCCUUCCGUCUUUCUUUCUUUCUUUCUUUCUUUCUUUUAGAAUUUUAGUUUGUUUAUUUGAAACUUUCCAAGAGGCAUUUCUUUCCUUUUUAUUCUCUUACCACACAAAGAUUUCUUUCUUUCUUUCUUUCUUUCUUUCUUUCUUUCUUUCUUUCUUUCUUUCUUUUUUUGCAUUUCUUUUCUUUCUUUCUUUCUUUCUUUCUUUCUUUCUUUCUUUCUUUCUUUCAGAAUUUUACACACAAAGAUUUCUUUCUUUCUUUCUUUCUUUCUUUCUUUCUUUCUUUCUUUCUUUCUUUCUUCAGAAUUUAGUUCCUUCCGAGUGUUCUCUCCGAGUGUUCCCUGCGAGUGUUCUCUCCGAGUGUUCCUUCCGAGUGUUCUCUCCGAGUGUUCCCUGCUGGUGUUCCUUGCGAGUGUUCUCUCCGAGUGUUUUCUGCGAGUGUUCUCUGCGAGUGUUCACUGCGAGUGUUCUCUCCGAGUGUUCCCUGCAAGUGUUCUCUCCGAAUGUUCUCUCCGUGUGUUCUCUGCGUGUGUUCUCUCCGAGUGUUCCUUCCGAGUGUUCUCUGCGAGUGAUCCCUGCGAGUGUUCUCUCCGAGUGUUCCCUGCGAGUGUUCUUUCCGAGUGUUCCUUCCGAGUGUUCCUCCGAGUGUACCCUCCGAGUGUUCUUUCCGAGUGAUCUCUCCGAGUGUUCCCUGCUAGUGUUCCUUGCGAGUGUUCUCUCCGGUGUUCUCUCCGAGUGUUCCUUCCGAGUGUUCCCUGCGAGUGUUCUCUCCGAGUGUUCUCUCCGAGUGUUCCUUCCGAGUGUUCUCUCCGAGUGUUCCCUGCUGGUGUUCCUUGCGAGUGUUCUCUCCGAGUGUUUUCUGCGAGUGUUCCCUCCGAGUAUUCCUUGCGAGUGUUCUCUCCGAGUGUUCCCUGCGAGUGUUCUCUCCGAGUGUUCCUUCGCAGUGUUCCUUCCGAGUGUUCCUUCCGAGUGUUCCCUGCGAGUGUUCUCUCCGAGUGUCCCUUCCGAGUGUUCUCUCCGAGUGUUCCCUGCUAGUGUUCCUUCCGAGUGUUCUCUCCGAGUGUUUUCUGCGAAUGUUCUCUGCGAGUGUUCUCUCCGAGUGUUCUCUGCGAGUGUUCUCUCCGAUUUUCUCUCCGAGUGUUCUCUGCGAGUGAUCCCUGCUAGUGUUCUCUGCGAGUGUUCCUUCCGAGUGUUCUCUCCGAGUGUACCAUCCGAGUGUUCUUUCCGAGUGAUCUCUCCGAGUGUUCCAUGGUGGCGUUCCUUGCGAGUGUUCUGUCCGAGUGUUCUCUCCGGGUAUUCCAUGCGGGCGUUCUAUACGAGUGUUCACACUGAGUGUUCUCUCCGAGUGUUCCCUGUGAGUGUUCUCUACGAGUGUUCCCUCCGAUUGCUCCCUGCAAGCGUUCUCUCCGAGUGUUCCUUCCGAGUGUCCUCUCUGUGUGAUCUCUCCGAGUACUCCCUGCGAGUGUUCACACCAAGUUCUCCAAGAAUUCUUUCUUUUUCUUCAUUAUGUAUUCCCCAAAUAUAUCGCAGUCUCUUCAGAGAUGAUUCGGAAGAAAAGAGAAGCAGUAGGUUGCCAUCUUUGAUCUGCUGCACAAAAGUCAACGGCCAGACGCCCGAUUCAACUUCCGGUUUAUUCAAACGGACGGCCAUUACGACAGAGAUAGACGAUCAGUGCAGCAAACAACUCGCUUCCUAUAACACUGACCUGCCACCUACUUCUUUCUCAUCAACGCAUUUUCAGUCGCCUUUCUUUAUUGGUUCGUUUCUUUCUUUCUUUCUUUCUUUCUUUCUUUCUUUCUUUCUUUCUUAUGACGAUGAAUAG